AUUCUUUGCGUUCUUCACCUAGGCAAAGAUAUGGAUUCCAAUUUCAUGCGCGUUCUUCAGAAACGGGAUAUCAACUGGUGUGAAGGAGGACAUGGUUACCCUGCAUCUUGCCCAGGUCCGAGCGACCCGCCCUACUACCAAUAUUGCUGCACUUUUCCGUACUUGGGAUUUUACAAACCCUCGUGUUGCAUGUUCCCCAUACAUGAUGGUGUUCUCGUUAUCAGCUGUUUGUCGUGUAUUAUUAUAUUCACAUUAUUAUUGGGACUCUACUGUUGGUGUUGGCCUACAAGUUUACUAAACAGACGGAGAACUAGAACUGCACCACCACCAACGAUAUCUCAAGACGAAAUGUUCCCGCGGAGAAACUCAUACAAAAGCAGCAUUCCAUUUGAUUAAAUUAAUUUGUAUUUUUCUUUCAAGUCUAUUUUUUACAUCCGCUUUGUUAAAUAACCAUCUCAAAUUCUAGGGCAAUAUCAGUUAUCAUGAAAUACUCUAUAAGUUGUGAAACCGUGAGUUUUGGGCAUUUUUUUGGCUCUUGCGAGCAUCAUUUCAGUGAAUUUUGCCUCUUUUGACCCGAAUUUGGAAGGUUCGCUACCUUUUUGAAUGAACUUGAACUGAU